CGCUAGUUAACGCGCGGCAGCUUUUGCACGCUCAGCCUCCUUGUGACACCUACUGGCGCUGACUGCGGCCGCACGGUUCCUACAGCUAACCGUCGCUAGCGUUUUGGCGCAGCCGAACGCCAAAGCAGCUCGCAAAAGGGCCGUAAAAAUGAGAGCCGCCGACGCCUACCGCGCCCGCCGCCGCGAGGAGGAGGACUGCCUCCUCGUCGCGGAGCUGGAGCACCCAUUGAUCGCGCAGCUCAAGCUGAAGCGCAGCGCGCGCCUCGACGCGACGACCUGGCGCGCGACGGAGAAGGCGACCGGCGGGUCUAUAUCACUCGCAAAACUACGAGAGAGCCCCGGCGACGACACUACUUACAUUUCAAUCCACCAGCAAAAAGACGGCCGUCACGACUUCGUGUGUCUUGCCCACGUGUUACGGGGCCAGACGCCGCUCCGCGUCUUCGACGAGGUCGAAGUGAAAAGCAGAGGCCGCCUCUUCUACGCGCGGCCCCGCAAAACGCAAAGCCUAGCUCACAUCGACGCGACGCCCACAACACUCUGGGACUAUCCGGAGCUCGCCCCCCACGGCACGUGGACGAACUAUAGCGUCGUGCCCUGGUUGUGUCUCGGGAGGACGGCGGCGGUCAUCCUGAGCGAUGAAGAAACGCUGUGCCGAGAGCUCCCGGACGAGCGCAUCUUCGAGCACUUGCGGCUGGUCAUCAACUGCCACCAGGACCGGCCCGGUCGAGCGUAUCGGGCGGGCGCGCCCUGGGUCUCCAAUAAGAGUCCGGACGUCGUCGCGCACGCGGUGCACACGUGGUACUCGACGGAUCGCGAACGGACGAAUCAGAAGAUCGAUAGGAUCAACGAGCGCAUGUGGGCCACGCUGCAACAGGGCGGCACCGUCGCGAUCCACUGCCUCGCGGGCAUCCAUCGGGCCGCGAUGAUCACGGCGUGCCACUUUUUGUACAGACACCACGUGCUCGGUCACACAAAUAUACCGUGCGACGAGGCGGAGAUCUAUAGGAAGCUCAUCUCCGUGCGGCCCCACGUAUCUCCCGCCUACCAGGACAUUUUGCGAGGCUACAAGGCGCACGUUCUAGGUAACAAGUAAACUAUGUUAG